GAAAUUAAGCUUUUUCCAUACAAUCCACAGUAAUCAAAGAAUAUCAUUGACCAGUUUCAAUCAAAUUACUUUCUGUUAACAAAAGUUUCAUUCCACAAACCUAACACAAAACCAAUCAUGCAAUUCCCAAGCACCAUCACACUCUUCUCACUCCUCGCUACUACGGUACUUGCUGAUCUUGGAUCAGUAAUUGCUGAUGGAACCUCUAUUGGAGGAAAGGCUUCUGGCGCCGUAAAUACUAUCACAUCAGACUAUGCCCAGGCUCAGGCUACUCAAGACGCCCUUUCCACAGCAAUAUCCUCUCUAGCCUCUAUCACUUCCAUAGAAGCUACAGCCACUGGCUCUGCACUAUCUUCCCUCUCAUCCGAAGCAUCGUCCCUCUCUGAAGCUGUCUCUUCGAUCUCCAAAUCGCUUUCCAAAUCCAUCUCCCAGGCUUCUACAUCCAAUGCCGCAUCAUUGAGCUCCCAAUCUAAGAUUGCGACAUCUGCCCAAGCACAGGCUACGAGUAUCAGCGCUGAGAUCAGUAGCUUGGAAAGUGUGGCAACUACAGCUACAGGCGAGGCCCAGACUAAGGCUUUGGAGAGUGCUAGUAGCUUAAGCUCGAAACUUGCAAGCGUCAGUAGUGUCGCUAGUGCCGCGGCUAGUGCUACUGCGGCUUCCGGAGAUUCCCCAGAGAAGUAUGUCCCAGUUUGGGGAGCGAUGGUUGUUGGAGCUAUGGGAUUGUUGAUCUAGGAUUUCGAUUUUUCUGUGAGAUAUCGAGAGUGUUUUAGAUAGUGGUUGCAAUCUACUCUGGAUUUUGUGGGGAAGAAGAUUAAAUAUAUGCGAAGUACUUUCUGAAGGUUUAGAUCAACCGAUCAUCUCCCUAGUUAAUCAUUCUUCUUUUUUAUGUGGCUUAUUUGUUAUAUGGUUGUGGUUAGAAAAAUAUGUUGCGGUUGCUCUAGUAUUAGUUUGGAGAGCCAGCCCUCUUAGUCUCACUUACUUUCCAUGUAUUGUCAGCUACACACAAUACCCAAUAAUAUACACAAUUGCA